GAGAGAGGAAGUGGCGGCGAUGGCGCUGCUGGAUGUUUGCGGACUGUCCUGCGGCGACUGGGACUCGCCUCUGCCGGGAGGGGUGGCCGCCGCCGGACCCCGCCAAGGGCUCCCGCACUACGCUUUCGGGGUGCGGGAGCCCCAGAUGGCGGUGCUCCCGGGGAUGCAGCCCGCCGAGGUCAUGAAGAGCCUCUCGGAGAGCAGCGGCUCCCGGUUCGAGCCAGUCCACGGCACCACCACUCUGGCUUUCACCUUCCAGCACGGAGUCAUCGUGGCCACCGAUUCCCGGGCGACCUCCGGCAGCUACAUCAGUAGUUUGCUGUGCAACAAGGUGAUUGAAAUCAACCCUUACCUGCUGGGCACCAUGUCUGGAUGCGCGGCCGAUUGCCAAUAUUGGGAGCGUCUCCUGGCCAAAUAUUGCAGGCUGUACUUCCUUCGGAACAAGGAACGGAUCAGCGUCUCGGCUGCCUCCAAGCUCUUGGCCAACAUGCUGGUUGAAUACCGGGGCAUGGGUCUCUCAGUGGGCAGUAUGGUAUGCGGAUGGGACAAGAAGGGCCCUGGUCUGUACUACAUUGAUGACGGAGGUGCUCGGCUGAAAGGCCCCCUUUUUUCCACGGGAAGUGGAAACACAUACGCCUAUGGAGUCCUGGACAGUGGGCAUCGGCCUGACCUGAGCGUGGAGGAGGCCUACGACCUUGGCCGAAGGGCCAUCUGCUAUGCCACCCACCGUGAUUCCUACUCGGGCGGAGUAGUAAACAUGUAUCAUAUGAAGGAAGAUGGCUGGAUCCGGGUUGGGCGGACGGAUGUCAGUGACCUGCUCCACCAGUAUUCAGAGGAGAAGAAGUGAGAUGGGCAGAUGACCACAAGCACAGAGAUCUUCUGACACUCAGGGCUGGCAGAGAGGAAACGGAUGGGGGACCGUCCCCACUGUCUUUUCACGGGGCAACAAUAAACCGCAUUUGAGCUCA